CGAGACACAUGCGCGCAGGGGGACUGACUCGCGCGACAGUGAUAUCAAGCUCGCGAUCGUCGAGGUUAUUGCCUGCCGCUUGGCUGGCGUGUCUUCUUAUUGAUAAAGUACGCACGUAAAAUAUACGUAGAGUCCCGAUUUCUCGUACGGGGGUUAAAUAUUUUGGAUUCAUGUGUCGUUUUAAACUGCUGCAGCUCCGGAUGCUGAUGUCUCGAUCGACCUGCGGAUGAAGCUCGCCAAGUGCAGAGACUCGGCAACACAACGCGACAGAGACUGAUGGAUAAUCAUCGAUAACGAUAUCUAGCAUAAAGAGAGAGGGGGAGAUUGCGAGCGAGAGAGAGAGACAGAGCGAGAGGAGGGGCGGAUUUGAGAACUGCUUCGGUGAAAUGGAGGAUAGCGGCAUCGACAGCGACCCCAAGAUUACGGCCCACAUGGACGAUGAUAACGCUUACGCGGCGGGCGAUAGCAGCAGUAUCAGCAGUGAUGACGAUCAUCCACAUCAUCACCACGCGGCGGCGCUCCGACCCGUGGGUCCGUUACAGCAAAAGUUCACCACUAAGCAGCUGCAGAGAAAACUUGAGGCGAGGAUCGAGCAAGCCAAGAGGAUACAGCGCAAUUCCAAGUACACGAAGCUGCCGGAUCAAGAGCCCAUGGACGCGCAUCAAAGCUCGAGCCAAGCCGAGCCGAGCGGCUCGCAGCUCAUACCGAUCAAAAAACUGCCGAUACCGAUGAAGAAGAAGAAGCACAAUGCCCUGGUCGAGAUCUGGCACUCGGACAGCGAUAGCGAGGACGAAUUAUUCCCGAUGACGAAGAAAAAGGCCAGGCCCAAAGCCGAGAAGAAGCUGAUACAGCCACAACAGCAGCAGCAGCAGCAGCAACAGCAGCAGCAGCACAGCAUGAUCGACGCUUUCAGCAUCGAAGAGAUGAGUGAGGACGACGGAAGCGAGGAUUCGCUGCAUCUGGGCUCCGACUCGGAGCUGCACCACAGGCGCGACGGCUACUUCGGUGACUGCUUGGCCUGCAACUGCCGUGUCAUGUAAAAGCUCCUUUUUUUCUCCCGCCAAAGAUUCUUCUACACUGAAAUAAUACAGAGUCGCCAAUCGUGAAAAAAAGGAGUAAAAUAAAAAGCACCUGUACAUAGUUUCUUAU